GACCUCCCUGCUAGCCGGAAGGUCUCCGGACAAGCGUCACAUGCGGCGCACUGCUUCUGCGCUUUGUGCAAACUCACGAAAGAAGAUAUCAAUAACGUGAACCCCGAGACCUGGACGAUGAAGACUAGGGAGGAGCUGCUUGAGCACGCGAUAGCUUGGCGUGACGCACCUAAUAAGACGACGCAGAAGAAGCUCUACAAGAAGCACGGAGUCCGCUGGUCAGAACUCUGGCGACUGUCAUAUUGGGAUCCUACGAAGCUUGUGGUUAUCGACGGCAUGCACACUCUCUUCCUU